GCGCGCGCAUGUGUCGGAAAAUCUCAGAAUUUGUGGGAUUACUGCAUAUCUCACCACUGAUCACUGCAUAAGUACUUGUUUGAUAUUUAUCUGAGAAAGUAUAGAUCAGUUUCAAUUUUCGAGAGAUCUACAUAAUUUUCUUUGAUAUUCCUAUAUAUAAAUAUUAAUAUAAUGAUGAUUAUAUAGUUUACUUAUCGUUAGUGGAGUUUUUUUACACAUACACACACACACACAUAUUACUUUCUUAUUUUUAAGCUUACACAAUUAUGUAUAGGAUUUUAAUAUAGAAUAACUAAGAAUAAUAUAUAUAUAUAGUUGAAGAAUUUAGAAGAUACACAAAUGUUGAAGAGAGAAAGUUAUGUGUAUAUAUAUACAUUUGACAUUGAAAAGAAAAAGAUAAUGUAAUAUAGAAAAAGGACAACAAUAGUUUCCGAAGAACGAUUAAUUCCUUAUUAGAUGUCGACAUAUGUAAGCCUAUGAUAAAAACUAUAUUCCUUCAUGAUGUAAUGAUAGAUGAAAUGUUAUAACGACCAUUAAUAUAAAACGAUAAUUGUCAGAGAGAGAGAGAGAGAAAGAAAAAGGAUUGAUAAAUUGCAUUAUACAUUAUAUUUAAAAUGCCAAGUUCAUAUUUAUAUGCUAUUAACAACGAAGGGCGUGUAUUUGGACUGUCGACAUCUGGGAAUAUGUGGCGCGAAUUUAUGUAUCUAGGACUUGAAUUUAAACAGUUAUCGGCUGUGCCACAUUUUAUGUGGGCGAUUGGCGGUGAUCGACAAGUUUAUGUUCAUGUUCAUGGCUUAGACAUACCAAUCAGAAUUAAGGAGGAAACUUAUGAGAAUGAGCGAUGGUUGCCUUUGGAAGGUUUCUCCGGAAGGUUACUUCCAACUGACAGAUAUAAUUUUUCAAAUCAAGAUGGUACAGUUGAUCGUAGUAGAGACAAAGUAAAGUUGCCAUCAAUGGCAUGGCAAUGGGAAGGUGAUUGGCAGAUAGAAACAACGUUGGAUGGCCAACCAUUAGAUCAUGAUGGAUGGACAUACGCAAUUGAUUUUCCAGCUACAUAUACUACGAAAAAACAGUGGAAAUCCUGUGUAAGAAGACGCAAAUGGGUUCGUUAUCGGAGAUAUAGCGCAAUGAAUUCAUGGUGUGCUAUUGCACCUCUUCAUAAAGAUCCAACCAAGGAACCUUUUAUCGACGUAGCCGUGGGUGGAAAUCAAAUGCCUGGAAGUAGCUCUGGAAGUUUAGUAGUCUGGGCGGUAACCGCUCACGGGAGGGUGAUGUUUCGUGUUGGGACUAGUACAACUUGUCCUGAAGGACAAAGAUGGAGCUGUAUUAAAUUGGCAAAUGGCUAUGAAGUUUGUCAAAUCAGUGUUGGAGUAACUGGUCUUGUUUGGGCUGUACUUACAGUGGGCAAAGCAUUGAUUCGUGUGGGCAUAACGAGAGACAAUCCAAUGGGUGAAGAUUGGUCAGAAGUGGAACCUCCGCAAAAGGACUUGAGAUUAGUACAAGUUAGCAUAGGCACUGAUGCUGUAUGGGCUGUAACACAUGAUGGUGGAGUAUGGUUUCGAAAAGGUGUUCAAGGCGAAAUAAGUGGCGUUUGUGAACAAUUGGCUACUGGUACCGGUUGGGUUGAAAUGUUGAGCAAAAUGGCACUGGUAUCUGUUGCUUCAAACGAUCAAGUAAUAAUUGUUUGGGCUAUUGGAUAUGAUGAUCGAUGUUUGUAUUAUCGUACUGGUAUCGCACGCUCCGAAUUAACGGGAAAACGGUGGAAAUUGAUAAAUGCGCCGCUUCAAUUGAGUAGAGCAAGUAGUAAUGCUAGUUUAUCAUCUAGCAACAGGCAUAGUACUUGUGGCACGCCACAACAGCAACGUCAUCAGAGUUGGAGUUCCUUGAAUCGACCUCAUAGUACUGGCGAAGGUACAAUGUUAAUUAGAGAAUGGGAAGAACAAUCACGUUCGGCGCCAACACCCACGUCUUUAAAAUUGUGGCAACGUACCGGGGACAGCGCAUCCACAAAAAAUGUUCAACAACCAUCUUUUCAAGAUAUAUAUUUAAAUGAAGAGAGGAAGAGAGAAAGAUCUGCAAGUUCUAUGGAUGCGAGUGAUUUAAAUGAAGCGAGUGUUGCUAGUAUAACUAUAUCUAAUGAGUCUUUAGCAAAAAGUGGAGAAUCGAUAGUCGUCUCGGGAAAAGGAAUGAGCAGUACUGUUAAGAUUAAUCCUGCUGCUUGGAGCCCCGUACAUUCUGUCGGUUCCAUGGUGGGUGUUGAAGCACAUCCAGAAACGGAUGGAAGUGUAUUUGAUCCAGAUUUAACUGGAGAUUCUGGUGUGUAUGGUGAGGAUGAAAGUGCAGGCAUAAUAUAUUGGACCGAGUGCGAUGUGCUGUGGUACAAGGUGGAAGCUGGGGCAUGCUUUGUCGAUCCGACAAAUCCACCAAAAUGGCUUGCAGAUGGUAAUGGUACAAUACAAGGGGAAACUGGAGAAUUAUGGAGAAUAUGCAUUUUGGAUGAAUUAAAGGCGAGAUUAAAGAAAAUGUCAUUUGAUUCUUCAAUAAUAUAUGAGAAAGCGGUUGAAAAAUUAUCUUGGGUGAAGAGUGGUGACGCAAAAUGUAAAAUUAAAAAUGGAAGUUUAUAUGAAGAUUGUAAGAUUGAACUGGAAUGGAUAAGUAGUGAUAUUGGAUCAUUAGAUUCUGGGACUUUAAUAAUAUUAAAUUUGGACGGCAUAACAAGCAUAAUACAAUUUCCUGUUUCGGAAAUUACAUGUGUUGUUUGCUGCAGUGAACCAGGUAAUCCAAGGAUAGCGAUUUAUACUCCUAAAUUAAAACGUUCAAAAGUAAUUAGAUUACAAUUUGCGAGUGAUACAGAAAUGGAAGAUUGGUUGGCGCAUUUAACUUCAGUAUCUUGCCAAAUGAAUAAUGUAUAUGGUAGACCUGGUCCAAAUUCUAUUUGGAGCACAACUGCGUUAGGUGACGUGUAUGUAUUUGAUCCUGCAAUUGCAGAGGAAUGUCAAUUAUCUGAAGACGGAUAUAUACAAGAAAUAGAUAUAGCUGGUAAAGACAUGCCGUUUGAAAGUAUAUUACAAAAUGGUUUUGGAUAUGGUAGUACCUUAAAAAUUACAGUAUGCGUUCAUGAUGAUGCUGACAGAUUGUCUUUUAAUCUUGUCUGUUAUACCACAACAUUUGUGAAGCAAAAGACUAUAAUGGAUAGUCAUGAUAUAGCUUUGCAUUUUAAUCCAAGACUCAAAGAAAAUAUUAUUGUACGGAAUACAUAUCAGAAUGGUCAAUGGGGAGAUGAGGAAAGAAAUGGAGGUAGUCCGUUAAAGGCCGGUUGUGAUUUCACGUUAUACAUCAUUUGUGAAGAACGCGGUUAUAAAAUCUACAUUAAUGAUAGCGAGUAUACCUUUUAUAGCCAUCGAAUAUCUCCGCAAAGUAUUACACAUUUGCGUAUUAAGGGAUUGCUGACUUUAUGUAAUAUUACAUAUAAAUCCACAUUUGUAAUUAUUGAACCUAGCACGAUGUUUUGGAGACAAAUUGGUGGACAUUUGAAAAAAGUUGAGACAUGUUCUGUAGGCGUCACUUGGGGCAUCGGCUACGAUAGUACCGCUUGGGUAUAUACAGGUGGUUGGGGAGGCACAUUUCUUAAAGGCCUAGGAACUAGCAGUACUGGAAUAAAUACAAUGGUAGACACCCACAAUUAUUAUGUAUAUGAAAAUCAACGCUGGAAUCCAGUAACUGGAUAUACUGCACAUGGACUUCCAACAGAUCGUUACAUGUGGAGUGAUGCAACUGGACGACACAAACGUACGCGAGAGCAUACAAAGUUAUUGUCAAUGCACUGGCAUUGGAUAUCAGAUUGGAUUGUCGACUUUCACACACCCGGUGGCGUUGAUAGAGAUGGAUGGCAAUAUGCUACUGAUUUCCCGUCACAAUAUCACGGUAAGAAACAAUUUACUGAUUACGUUCGAAGAAGACGAUGGUUUAGAAGAUGUCAAUUAACAAACAGUGGACCCUGGCAAGAACUAGGAAAUACCAAACUCGUUGAUGUCUCUUUAUACGCGACUGGAAAGCCUGGCACGGAUGCUCCUAUUCAUGUUUGGGCAGUUGCCGCAAACGGUGAGGCUUUAUUCAGACGAGGCGUUUCGGAAUCUUGUCCAAUGGGUGUAUCUUGGGAACAUAUACCAAGUGACCAGCCUCUAAUUAAUAUAUCAAGCGGUCCAUGUGGACAAGUAUGGGCUGUUGGCAAAAAUGGUUCUUCUUGUUGGAGACUAGGCAUCGGUGCUACAAAACCGACUGGUGUACAAUGGCAGACUGUCGAGCCUCCUUCAGGAGCUCAAUUAAAGCAAAUUUCAGUAGGACGUGAUAUAGUAUGGGCUUUAGAUACAAAUGGUAGAUUAUCAGUGCGCCGGGAGAUACAAUCCAAUGUUUUCCCUGAAGGAACCCAUUGGCAAACAUUACCCGCUAUGCCAAAUGAUCCGAUUCAUAUAGAUAUGUCGGUAUUAAAUGCGAAGCAAGGAUUCCGACAUGUAUCCAUUUCGAGGGAACAAGGACAAGUUUGGGCAAUUUCAGGAGCUGGUAUUAUUUGUCGAAGAAUUGGUACUACUGAUGAAAAUUCAGCUGGAACCGGAUGGGUGACUGGUAUAGGGGCAAACUGGCAAAAUAUAAGUCUCGGAGGGCUUAUAAAUAAAACAAAGUGAUAUCUGUAUGUAUGCGAUAAUUUUACAAUAUACUGUAGUAAUAUAAAAUAUGACAAUUUUGUGAUUGCCUUGUAAAAUAUGGUAUGUGUGUAUACAUGUACAUUAUACAGAUAUAUGUUUCUAUGCCAAUUUUUAAAUAGUAAUUAUAUCUGUAGGAUGAAUCAUGUAUUAUGUACUUGACACUGAUCACAGAAAUUUUUGCCUGGAUACAAGAGAUGCUCUAAAGAAUUUGAGAUGGAUAAAAUAAUAUAUGAUACACACACGCACGCACGCACGCACGCGCGCGCACACGCACGCACACACACACACACACACACACACACAAAGGGUUGGUAAGUAAUUAUAACGAUACUUGUAAUGUUACCGUUAUCGUUUUUAGGCAACUGAAACAGUAUAUAAGUGUGUUACAAAUUUUAUCUGUAAUGGAAAAAAUAACUCUGAUACAUUUUAUUGGUAACGAAUUCAACGGUUACUUUUCGAAACUACCUACAUGAUUUUCAUGCAAACAAGUACACAUAAAGAGCAUUAAAUUCUUUUAAAAAUUAAUAAAUAAAUAUAUUAUUAAUCAAUAAUUUUAUUUUAAAUCAGAUCAUGUAAUUCUUACAAACUUUUACAUGUCAAAAAUAAAUUUGACUUAUCAAUUAAUAUAUCACGUCAGGAUUUUGAAAUUUCAUAAAGUUAAAGCUGCAAAGGAGGCUAUUUUGGUCACAUUUACGAAUCUUGAUAAAAGAAAAAACACUGAUAACUUUUUUUAUUUACACUGACAAAAUUUGGAAAUUUUAAACAAAAAAUUUAUUAGCAAUGUCGUUCCUGAUUAAUCAGACAAAAGUUUUCUCUUAUUAAGACAUGAUUAAGAUUCUAAAUUAUUAUCAAAAUUGGAUAGCGAUAUCAAUAUUGAAAUUAUAUUACUUUUGUUAUAUUUUAAUAUAAAAAAAUGUUUAAGAAAUAUAAAUUUUAUUUUUAUUGUGUAAUGUGUGUGUUUUAUAUGUAACUUGGCCUUAUAUAAUAGCAUAAAAAAAAAAAAAUAAUGGAAAUUGUAACAAUGUUACUUUUUGAGUAACAGUAGCGAAUUUCUUUUAUAAAUUGGCAAGUUCGAAUAAUAUCUAAAAACUCUUCAUUAAUGUUUAUGCUUGAAAAAUUCAUAUAGGUUCAUAACCAUGAUUAUUGAUAUUAAUCAAUGUGCUCAGUGUCACAGUCUUCUUAUGACAAGUCAUCAAUUUUAUUUUAUGCUACAUAUAAUUGAUAUUUAAUAUGUUGCAAUGAUGAAGAGAUUAAAUGAUAACGCAUUAUUGUAAUAUAAGGCUUUAUUUAAGAAAGAAUCACCUUUAUAACUAAUUAUGCACAAUUAUAUUACCUAUAUUAUAUUGACUAUUCCAAUUAUGUUGUCAAUGUAUUGAUUCGACGUCAUUCUAUAUUAAUGCAUUUGUGUCCUAUUUUGCCAAUGUAAAGAGCACAAGCUAUUUCUAUUUUAUAAAUAAAUAUCACAUAAUAUGAAA